UUUAUAACUGUGUUAAGUUAUUACCAAGAAGACAAAACGCUUCAAGAUGUCUACAGCCGAUUCUGACUUAUCGGAACUCCCCCCGUACACGGCCCUGUUAUGGGGACAGUUUCUGGCAAACCCACACCUGAUGUACAAUUUGUUUUCAAGUGGACCAAAUGGGUCAUCUUACGCCUCAGACCGUGUAAUAAACAUGACGGGGGUCUGGACUAAUUCUAAGAUGAGUGAGUUUAAGGUUGACAGUCUAGAAGAGCUACAGAGAGUGAGAAAUGAUCUUCUGACAAUGCCUAUAUUAUUCCACAUCAAAGUGGAACAUCAAAAAACAGAAAAUUAUGCUGUCAUCAAAAUCCGAAAGAAGUGGAAAGAUGAGUUUGCAGUGCUUGUUAACACACGUCAUCCGACCAUUCGAGAAAUUCUGUCUCACAAACUUAACGAGGCCACACAGUACAUGCAGGAAGGCAAGAACUUCUGCCUAAAGCUGGAUUUCGGUCCCUCUGUGAAGCAGUGGUAUAGUGGUGUAGUUGACAAUGAGGUGUCCUUUUGUGAUUCCCGCAGUAACAGCGACUCCGGACACAUGGAAAUCUAUGUCCACAACUACACAACACCUAUUGAAUGUUGUGUCAAUCCUGUCUGCAUCUUCUGCUGUUUUCCUUUCUGGUUGUUGUUUGGUGGACCCUGCUACUGUAUUCACAGAAACAUCAAAUGUACUGAUGAGAGUCAUAGUUUCAGUGACCUUCCUGUUGUUCUUCUCACUGGGGUCAGUGUAAGGGUGAGAGUUCAGCCCCCCCACCAAUAUUACGCGCCAGGACCAGGUCACUACCCACCCGCCCAGCCAACCAUGCCACAGGGGCCACCUGCAUACACACCACCCCAAGGGUAUCCAGCACAAUACCAACCACACCAGCAGGCACCACCAACAGGGGGUCUUCAGAAUUACCCUCCAGGAGGCCCACAGAAUCAUACCAUGGGGGCCCCACCCCCUUAUCCGGGCCACAACUAAGGAACAUUAUCAAAGUCAUACAGAAAAUGGUACCUAUAUGUCCAAAGCCUUUUUGGUUACAUAACCAUAUAAAUUUCAUGUAAUAACUGAAAAUCUUGGAGAGGAUGGGUUGGGUACCUACCCUUCUGACCACUCCUUCCUCUACCUUCCCAACCUGGGUCUGCUACUGAAUUUUCACAUAUAUGUGUGCUAUAAAUCAAAAUAAAUAUUGGAUUUUCAAACAGAACCGGUGUAAUUAUCAGUGAUAUUCUAUUAUUUUUGAUAAAAAAUCAUCACAAUUUUUACAAUUUUGACUUUCAUGUCAAAAUGAAAUGAGGGGCCAGACCUGGUCUUUGUUCUUUGAAUAUUCUAUGUAAUUACCAGGUAGUGCUAUUGUUUGUAUUUCUGUAUUUGUACAUGUAUUUAUACCCCACAAAAAGUAAUGAACAGAAUUUUAUGAAACUUUGCAGUUAAUAUGGACAUCCUGUAUAGAUGUGCAUAUAUCCAGUAAAUUCCAAUUCAAAUAUUUUUCUUGGAGAUAUGCCCCCUUGGAACUUAGAAACUUGGCCAAACUUAAAUAGAACAGUACUUACUGCAACAGUUUUUCAGCACAACUUUUCUUAAAAUGGCUCAACGGAAUUUCUGAAACUUUGUAAUUGAUAAGCCUAGGACAUAUUGUGUAGAUAAGCAUAUUCAAUUCAUUUUUUUCUUGUUGAUGUGUCCCUUUUGAACUAUAAAGAAAUUUGGCCAGCAUGUACUAUUUUGUGCAACUUGUUUGAAAUGUUGUUUUAGCACAUGCAUUAUAUGAUUUCAAAUUUCUCAUUUGAAAAUGUUUUAUUUGGUGCACCUCGGGCUAUUACAAACAGAUCUGAUUCUGAUAGGACAACUGUAUGUAAAAAGGUAAUUGUUGUAUUUAAUGCAUAGCAUUGCUAUUCAUUAUGUUAACCUUGUCAAAUAAUUAAUAUUGUAGUAUGAGGUUUGUGAGCUUGCUCACUUUUUCUUUCAUUAACUACUGUAGAAGCACAAAUUUCCGUGUGGAUAAAAUUUCGUUGAUUUGUCAUCUAAAUAGGUUUCAUGGGCAUUAAAUUUCAUUGUUUUGAAUGUAACCCCAUUCAUUAUUGUAAUAAUAAAAAAAAUUUGUGUGGGAUUUAAUUUCGCUGAUAAUUGUUACCAACGAAAUAAACGAAAUUUAAUCCCCAAACGAACGAAAUAAACGAAAUUUAAUCCCCAACGAAUAUUUCUGCUUUUACAGUAUGUGUAUGUAUUUCAUAAUUCUUAUCUACAGAAACCAAUACUGAUUAGUUAAGAAUUGAUAUUUAAAAACCUCUUCUGUUAAUCAGCUUGUACAUUUACAUAGAAUAGGUGAUGCAUGUGUAAAUUUGACAAUACAUUAUUAUGAUACACUCAAUGAUAUGUGUGCACAUUCAGUGAUGUAGUAAUUAAGACAAUAGAAUUGGUUGGGAUAUCAGGCUGGAAACUUACUAAGCAAUCUAAAUUGUCACUUAAAUUCCCCUUUACUUGAGGUUGAGACAUAUUUUUAUUCCAGUAAGAGUUUUGUUUUUAAUUUUGCUUUACUAUGUACAGUAUCAAUGUGCCAUAUUGUAGACAGUAUUUUUGUCACAUUUACAAAUCUAUAUUGUUUUCAUUAUACUGUUCAUUGAUAUGUUGUAAAUGUUAUUGUAAUUAUAUUAUGUGCAGUACACCUUAAACUUUUUUAAAAUUUUGUUUAUUCAGCAUGUCUUCUUUUAAGGGCAUACGCAACAUACCUUACCUACUGAUAAUUUUUCAAGAUAUUUUUAAUUUAAGAUUAUAGUGCCAUCAGAUGUUCAUAGACAAAAAAUCAGCAUGCAUUACCAGGGGUUUUGAAAAGAUGUUAUUUGAUGAAAAUUCUUGUACAAUUCAAAGAAAAGUAUACAAAAAUUACUAAACAUAUAUUCUACAUGUUUUGUUUAUCCAAACUUGUUUUAGAAGAAGUGUACAACAGCAUAUAUAGACAUUAAAAUGUAGAACACAGUCCCUUUAAGUAUUGGAAAUCUUCAACUCCAGGGAAUAAGACAGUGAAGUUCAAACUACGUUGCAUAUGUCCUUAAGAAGGGAAAUAGCACAUUUUAGUACUUUUUCAUGAUAUGUUUUAUUCAUUGAUAAAAGAAAUAAUUUCAAUUACAAGUCUUUUUCCAAAAUCAAACAUUUUUUUCCCUUAAAUAAAGAAACAUUUACAAAUUGAAAUACUAUCAAGCUCAUGAUAGUUGACAUACAUGUAAUAGAGACCCUUUCCACAGAUAACUUUUAGGAAGAUUUUUCUCUUGGUUGAACAUGAAAUGUUUAGGUUAAUUGCUAUUUUGUUAUGACAUAUUUUUUUUUGUUUAAACAAUGCUUUAUAAGAAUGGUGGUGCCUUAUUAAACACAUAUAUGUACAUGUAUCUAGUUACAGUACAAGGAUGCACUAUAAGCCAGAGGAUCUACUACUGUAUACAGAGUUAUUUUUGCCCCCUUGUUAUAUUCACCCUUUGACACUUGAAGACAAUUUUGCUCUGUUUUGAAGUUGCCCAGACUCGGUUCUGUAUAAGUAAUAUUGCUGUUUUCUUUGAAUUUGCCUCAUUUUAAAUUUGUCCACUUUCAAUGAGGGCAAAAGGGGUGAAAAUUUCCCUGUAUACAGUAUUUACAUUUACAAUGAUGGUUGUAAAUAAAAGCUAGUAUAUAAAUGCUCUUGCAGGUUAAUAAAAUGUUUAAACAGUU